GGCACAUAAGCCCGAGUAGAGUCCGCAUCGCAAAAAAUGAAGAGCGGUGCUAUUGGUAUUGCUAAGCAGCAGCAGUCGUCCCCCUUCUCAGUGGGUUCCCUGGUCGAAGUCACCAGCGACGAAGAGGGCUUCCAGGGUGCCUGGUAUCUCGCCACUCUCCUCCGACCGCCUCCUUCUUCCUCUUCCCCUACUAGAUCUGCUUCUUCUUCUUCCUCCUCUACUUCCUCUGCCAAGAAGCGCAAAUCCAAAUUCCACCCCAAUAGUAAGGCCUACGUCCAGUACCACACCCUCGUCGCCGAGGAGGGCUCCAACGUCCCUCUCCGCGAGUCCGUCAAUGCCGAAUUCCUCCGUCCUUUGCCUCCUCCUGACCCUCCUUCUUCUGAACCCUAUUUCGACCUAGGCGACGUCGUCGAUGCUUACUAUAGGGACGGCUGGUGGACUGGUGUCGUCACCGCUCUUCUUCACCACCAAGACGCCGACCGCCACUACCACCACAAGCAGGCCCAGUCCCCCCCUCUUCUGAGGUUCGUCGUCACCUUUCACAAUCCACCCGACGAACUUCACUUUGCUCCUUCCCAAUUGAGAUUUCACCGCCGAUGGGUCAAUUGCACCUGGGUCCGACCCGCCAAGCAGAGAGCAGCAGGACUGAUGUUUAGUGUGGGAAAAAGGGUUGAAGUGUCCUUUGACCGGGAAGAUUGGCGGGAUACUUGGUUCCCAGCUACUAUCCUCGAAGACAUUGGAAAUGACUCUUUUUUGGUGGAGUACCACUGUGAAGAUGCAGCUCCUCUGAGAGCAACGGUUAACUUCCUUCACAUCCGACCUUGUCCUCCACAUCUCAAGGACAAAAAUUUUGUUUUGUUGGAGAAGGUGGACGCCUACUACCAUUCGGGCUGGUGGCCUGGUGUAAUUACCAAAGCACUUGCUGAUUGCAGGUACAACGUCUUUUUUAAGCACACAAAGAGGGACGGGGAAUUCAGCCACACUGAUUUGAGGCCUCACAUGGAAUGGAAAGAUGGAAAAUGGUUCACUUCUUCUCAGGACAUUUUGAAUAAAUUAGAUUAUGAGAAGCCUGAAGGUCAUGUGUACAAUAAUGUUGAUAGCACAGAGGUGAGAGUUCCACUUGGAAACUCUGGCUUUAGGGAGAGCAACUCUGAAGAGAAAGCCGCUUCUUCUCUUAACUUAGGGGAGAAUCAGGUUGAGCUACCAACUCCUUGCAGUGAGGAAGCUCUUAGAGUUUACUCUCUACCGGAGGAAAAAACACAGGAGACACCAGUUUGUGGUGGUGAAGAGAUUUUAAAAGAAGAAAUGCCUGCAGUGAUGCCAUCUUUAACUGCAAGUCAGCCGUGUACAGAGGCAACAACAGGAACAACAGGUAAAGCAAAGUCUUUUGAUUUGGCCAGCCCAUCCUCUGAAUCUAUUGGCAACAAUCUUGCAAAACAACCUUCGGGUGGAGAUCAGUCAUCAGAGAAUCACACCUGGGGCAAGAGAGUUAAGAGGAAACGAAUAAAGACUUCUGAAGAGGACGACAAUCGUACAUCAGGUUCUGGGAGAACUAGCAGCAGUUCUAGGAAAGUGCAAGUAAAAAGCCCAACAACUUCAAGUGGAAGCAGGGAGGGUGAUGCAGGAGUAGAUGCUGCUGAAGGUGUUCAGGAAGAGUGCGUGACAACAGAAACCAACCUUCCUGUUGUCCUAGGAUUGGAAUGUGACAAAGGCAGCAACUCAAGUACCAGAAAACCUUGUCUAUCCGGUGGUGAGGAAUUGUCAAAGCUUCCAGACAAUCAUGCUGGAUUGAAUGAUAAUGGACUCUCAAGUAUAAAAGACAGCAUCCAGUUAGACUCCGAAGAAAAGAUUCCAAAGAGACGGAGGGGACGGCCUCGGAAAGUUGCCACCAACAGUUCUAUUACUUUAGCUUCAGAGGAGCCACGAAAAGAAGUCAUUAUUCAUGAAUUGCUUGUGAAAGACUGUUUGAUAAGUGAAAAUGAUUCUCUUCAAGAUGUUGAAGUAAAGUCAGCAAUGAUGGAUUCUUCAGUUCCUGGCCAGGAAUGUGUAAUCAAUGGCAGUGGUAAGCACAUCAUUCGGAACCAGGAAAAGCAGAAAAAUAAAACAGGCAGUACUGCAAUAUUGUCAGCAUUGAGAAAGCUGAGUGAGGAAGUUGUUGAAGCUACAACCAAGCAGCAAGAAAGGCAUUCCUCAAAGAGAGGUAGAAGACGGACAGUUAAUUUAAACAGUGUCUCUCAAUUUCAAGAUUCUCCAAAUUCAAGUGGGAGCAAAGUAACUGAAUCAAGUUGCAUGACAAAAGAACUAGAAAAGGUCGUUGAAGAAUUGCCUGCAAACACAUUUGAGGAUCAACCUCUUUCGAAGUGGUUCCAAAUGAAUUCACCGACCACUAAUGAUGCCUCAAGGCUUUCGCCAACAAGAAGUGUUGAGCAAUGUGCUGUGGCCAGUAAUGGACAGUUAGCAAUUGUCAAUGAAAAUCAUGCAGUUGACAAACGGGAAAUUGUUACGAGUGAGCUUCAGAACUUGCCUUUUGUGAAGAACACCUUGCUCUGGUCAACACUUGAAUCUAUGCAAGUUUUCCAGAAGUUGCCACAAAAGCCACAUUUUCAGCCUUUAGAACAGUGUAAAGAAAGUUCUCGAGAAGGAUUAGCCAUAGGUUUUAUGGUUACCUUUUCUAGUGUGGUGGAGAGAACCUCGAGGCUGAAGUUUGAUGAUCCCAAAAGCACCAUCGAUGACAUUUUGGAAACGCUUGUGGAACUAGAAAGCCAUGGAUUCGAUGUUGGGGUUGUACGAGAUCGUGUAACCCACUUGAUGACAAUGAAAGAGAAGCAGGAAAAGCUUCAAGAUCAGGUAGAGCAACUGGAUGGUGAAAUUGAAAAGCACAACCUUGAGAAGUCUAAAUUUGACGAAGAGGAGGAAGAGAUAAACAACCAGAUGAAGAAUUUGCAGGAAAAGCUGUCACAAGUUGCGUCAAUGAAGGCGACAAAGGAUCGUGAAAUUACUUCGCUGCAGUCUAAACUGGAAGGAAUUAGGAAAGGCAUCACAAAUGUGCAGAGUGAUUUUCAAGGCUUAGCUACUUUAGUUUGAGUGGCGUUAGGUUAUUGCAUGUUCCAGGUGGGAAUGUGAUUAAGUUUUUACCCCGGAUUUCAGUAGUUUUUUUUUUUUUUUUUUUUUUUGUUCACUCAUUUGUAAGCUUUUGCUAGUAUUGUAGCUGUUAAUGGCGUAGACGUAUCUUGUACAUGUGUUGGGGCCUUGUGUCUCGAUUGUUGGACAUAACUUAUAUUCUAGUAUGAAUUAAUAUCGUGGCUUGGAGU